UACUGCUACCACCCUGGUAUCGACACCUCCCCGCCCACCUGUACCUUCAAGCAGACUCAUGUCCUCGCAGUUCAAGCUCACAGCAACACAACUUUUACUAAACGACUUUUUCCUGCUUAUUCUGGACUUUUACCCGCUAUGUCGGAUAAAACAAGCUUCGUGGACACCACCAUUCACCUGGAUGUCAAGGAUUAUUAUGGAAAGACGUUGAAGAACACCUCAGACCUGAAGAGCAAUGCCUGUGUGGCUCCAGCCCGGCCGCUCCCAAAAUUCAUCCUCCAAGCUCUGAAGAAAGUCCAUCCCGAUGUCACCGACAGAUACUAUGGUUGCGGUCUGGUGGUACCAGAGUGUUUGGAGGGCUGCAGGAUUCUGGACCUGGGCAGUGGGAGUGGUAGAGACUGCUAUAUGCUGAGUCAGCUGGUGGGAGAGACGGGCCAUGUCACUGGUAUCGACAUGACUGAGGAUCAGCUUGAAGUAGCCAGGAAACAUGUGGAUUUUCACAUGAAGGAGUUUGGCUACAAGAAGCCCAAUGUGACUUUCGUCCUUGGUUACAUCGAGGCCUUAACAGAGGCUGGUCUGGAAAAGAACUCUUUUGAUAUCAUCAUCUCCAACUGUGUGGUGAAUCUUUCGCCUGAUAAGAAACAAGUCCUGACUGAAGCCCACAGUGUGCUCAAGGAAGGUGGCGAGUUAUACUUCAGUGAUGUCUACAGCAAUGGAAGACUAACAGAGGAGAUCAAAAACCACAAAGUCCUGUGGGGUGAGUGUUUAGGUGGCGCGCUGUGGUUCAAAGAUCUGCUACAGUUGGCCAAGGAAGUAGGAUUCAGCCCCCCGAGGCUUGUUCAAGCCAGCAUCAUCACUGUCGACAACAAGGAACUGCAGGACAUUCUAGGUGACUUCAAGUUUGUCUCUGCCACAUAUCGUCUGUUUAAGGUCCCUAAAGGCAGCACCAAGCCAUGUAAAGUCAUGUAUAAUGGUAACAUCACAGGGGCGGAGGAGACCCUCCGCUUUGACUGUCAGUACACCUUCAAGGCUGAUCAAGUGGUGGAGGUAGACGCAGAAGUCGCCUCCAUUCUGACCCAUUCCAGAUUUGCACAGGAAUUCACUUUCCAGCCACCAGGAGGCUCCUGUGAACCUUGCGGAGUCCGACCAAAGGCAGGCACUGAAGAUCCUUUUGAGCUGGCUGAGCAGCUGCUGAAACAGGGUCCAGGUUCAGCCACAGGGGGGUGCUGCGGCACAAAGUCUGCGACCUGCUGCAAGUGAUGGAUUGUGGGAAAGGAGCGAUGGUCCAGAACAAAGCACAUAUAGCUGCGGCCGCAGACAUUCUUAAGUCGCGUCCACUUAAAGACGCGGCCACAGGUGUGACGACAACGGAAAUGAAGCUGGAGAGACAAGACGCAACACGGAAAUCAGAAAAAAAGAAGUACUGCCGAAAAUAAGGUAAAGUUAAGGUAAAGUACCACUGAUAGUCACACACACUGGGUGUGGUGAAAUUAUCCUCUGCAUUUGACCCAUCCCCUUGUUCCACCCCAUGGGAAGUGAGGGGAGCAGUGAGCAGCAGCGUUGGCCGCGCUCGGGAAUCAUUUUGGUGAUUUAACCCCCAAUUCCAACCCUUGACGCUGAGUGCCAAGCAGGGAGGCAAUGGGCCCCAUUUUUAUAGUCUUUGGUAUGACUCAGUUUAGGUUUGGGCUUUGGUUGGGGUUAUGUUUUCAUAUAAUCACCCGAAAAAGCAAUACAUUCAUCAUCCAAAAUAAUAACGUCUUCCAUCUUGGAUCACGUUACAAAUCAAGUGUCCACUCUCGCUUUGUCAGCACCACUGUGGGUAUGUCUUUAAAACAUGGUUCACUUCCGUUGUUGUGGGCGCGACUUGUGUCUGCGGCUGCAGCUAGACCCUUCUCUCCAGAACAUACAUCUCAGUCCUAUUUGUCUGCCUCACAGUUCUUAAUAAAUGGAACGAUGUGUGCUAUAUAUCAAGUGAAUUAGUAUACAUAGCAAGUAACAUAUAUAAAAAAAAAAAAUCAUAAACUUUCAAAUUUAUUGACGUGAUACGUUAACGCAUUUCAAAUCAAGUCUUAAAUUGUCAAUACCUGGCUUUGUUCUUUUACUGCAAUGUUUAUAGUUGACUGAUUCCUAAAUUAUUAAAUCAUAUUAUUUAUCAAGUUGAUUGUUGUUUUGUAUUAAGACAGUAAAUACUACUACCAGUAAUAAUCGUUUUCAAAUCGUGAAGCGAUGAUAUUGUGGUCUGCAUGGGGUUGUAUCAUUGGUGUGUUGCUGAGACAGAAAAUGCCAUUGAAAACUACAGCUACUAGUUACGCUCUAAACCCACCAGAUGGCGACAAAAACCCAUAGAGGACAUCAAGGCAUAAUGUUAGACUCUGAAAAACCCUGAGUUGCUGCACAUUUAAAUACUUUGGCCCCGAGGAGGAUGGCCCACAAAAAGUGUUAGACUUCGAAAACCCCUGACGUAAAGUAAUGUUUACAUCAUAACUUCUGUUCUAUACUCAGUCUGGACCUGUACACAAAGUCAUUACGUACAUUCUUAACCGUUCACUUAAAAAGAACGGGAACACUUUAGUAUUGGGAACAUAUGAACCAUUAAUUAGUUGCUUCUUAACAUAGGGUUAGGGUUAGGGUUAGGCUUAGGGAAGACUCUUAGUUAAUGGCUUACUGGUUGUAUAAUAAAGCCAUGCAGAAUAAGGCAUUAAUAAGUACUUAAUAAUGACUAAUUAACAGACAAUAUGUUAGUAAUUUGCAUGUUAAUAAGCAACUAAUUAAUGGUUCAAAUUGUCCCCAUACUAAAGUGUUACCAAAAGAACAUUUGUGUUUAUUUGUAUUGUUUUAAUGACAAGUCUGGCGCAUUGGGCUAAAUUAUUUGUGAUUUUAAUUUGAGUUGAGAAUAAAACCUGAACAACACAGACAUGA